GACAGUGCAAGAGAUAAAUACAGAACAAACUGGCACCGUCUGUCCAAGGGUCAAAUUAACGUUACAGGCCUACACACAUGACUUUUCAUGAGAACUUUAGACUGUGGUAACCGGCCUAAUUUAUUUUAAAUCAACCUGUUUUGACGUUUUAAACUAUGGAACUCGGACCUAUUGGUCCAAGAGUCGGGAUCACAAGAGGUCCUUGGCUACAGCCGUACACUGUGUUUAUAGUUGCAAUCUUUUUACUUGUUGCUGGUUAGUCGAUUUAACCUCAGGCACUGGGCUAAAUUUAAAAAAACCAUGAUAUUCUAAAAUGACAACACAGAAGCUGUUGCUUUUAGAUGUCGACUGUGGGUUGGAUGAUGCUCAAGCAAUAAUGAUGGCUCUUGCAGCUACUAAUGUGCAGCUCCUGGGUAUAACAUGUUGUCACGGAAACACAACCCUUGACAAUGUGUGUAGAAAUGUGCUUCGAGUGCUAAGUGUAUGCCAGAGGACUGAGAUCCCUGUAUUCCGGGGAGCCUGCAGCUCCCUCCUUGGAGAGAGGUUGAAUGCUUCAAGUUACCAUGGAAAGGAUGGCCUGGGGGAUGUUCCAGACUCCAAUGCUCCAGGUUUGGAUAAGCUGCAAACAGAACAUGCGGUGAAUGCCAUGAUACGGAUGGUCACUGAACAUGUUGGUCAGGUCUCGCUUAUCGCAGUUGGUCCUCUGACCAAUGUAGCUCUGGCAAUUAAAAUGGAUCCUACAUUCUCUACAAAGCUGAAACAUUUGUAUAUCAUGGGAGGAAACAUGGAAGGGAUAGGCAACACAACAAUUUGCGGAGAGUUCAACUUUGCAUCAGAUCCAGAAGCAGCUUCCAUUGUUCUGAAUCAGUUUGUAUGUCCAAUUUAUGUAGCCACAUGGGAAUACUGUUUACAUCACUCUCUACCUUGGGAGUUUUUUGAUGACUGGAUAAAUCAAGGCACAGAGAAGGCCCAUUUCAUGAAGAAGAUAACGGAACACGUUGGAAAAUACGCUAAAGUCAAGCAAGGUGAUAAAGAAGUGCAUACUCGAACAGCAUUUGUGUCCUGUGAUUCUUUUGCAGUAGCUGCUGCUAUUGAUGAGACUGUUGUUACUGAAUACAUGCGAUGCAAUGUAAAUGUGGAGUUACAGGGAGCACUGACCAGAGGGAUGAUGGUCCUGGAUAGACUCAAUCUUCAGAAAAAACAAAAUCGAGCCUUUGUUAUGAUGAAAUGUGAUAUUGACAAAUUCAAACAAUACUUGAUGUCUGCUCUGAAAUAGAUAACAGGAAGUUUUCAUAGUGGUCUCAGACAAUUAAAGACCAGCAUAUAGAUUUUAUAGAUCAUAAAUGUAAUCUUUAAGGGUUAGCAGGAACAGCUUGAUAAGAAGUUUAAAAACAAAAUCAAGAUCAUUUUAAAUUUGUCCUGACUGUGUAAAUAUUGACUUCACUCAGCCACGGUGUAAGAAUUCUAUCAGCUUUACACUAUUGAUUUAUCUCAUGGUAGAACAUAUCUAUAUGUAAUCAUUGACCCUUCAUUAGAACCAUAUUCCUGGAGAAGAGAAACUGAGUUCCAAAUUCAGUUGCAUAUGUGAAGUCAGAAUACUGCAGCUGGUUGACAUGUGCAAUAUAAACUGAAAAUCCUGGAAUUAUUCUGAUUAGGCCAAGCAGCAUUUAUGGAGAGAAAAGAAUUCCUGUUUCAAGUCGGUCCCUUUUUAUCAAAAUCAUAAACCUUUCAACCUGGUUUCCCUGCUUUAAAUCUCUCGUUAAAAGCCACCACUCUGACCAAGCUCUUGUUCAUCUCCCCUAAUUAUUACUGAAAGCAAAAUACUGUGGAUGCUGGCAAUCUGAAAUAAAAACAAAGUGCUGGAGAAACAACAGAUCUGACAGCAUCUAUAGAGAGAGAAACAGUGUUAAAGGUUUGAGUCCAACAUGACUCUUCUGUGAUCUCCUUGUGUAGUUUCACGUCAGUUUAGUAACCCGUGAAGUAUCUUGGGAUGUUUCAUUACACUGAAUAUAAGUUAGUUUUGUUACUUCAAAGUUUUUUUUUAUAUUUGUAUAUGGGAUGUUGGCUAGGCCAGCAUUUAUGUUCAUUCUGGACCAUAGCUUAAUUUUAUCUUUCAGUCCAUCAAAAGCUGUUUUUUCCCUUUUACCUUCUGGUUAACUCUCUUCACCCCUUCGAGAACCUUCCUCCGAUUCUUCCAGACCCUUCUUUCAUUUUGUUUUCCCCUGAUCAAUUUCAGUUUUUAAAGAAUUCUCUCUGACCUUCUAAUCUCUGAUCCAACCCCUCAAUGAUGAUUCUGUUAUCUAAUCAAUGCUCCUGUCUAAACUUUUAAACUUUUUGUUGUUUCUACCCCUCCACACUGUAGUUGCUUAAAACCCAUUAGAGCUGGAGCAUUUCCCAAUUGUGUUGAAAGGAUAUCAAACUAAAAACCUUAACUCGUUUUUUCUCUCUGCAAAUGCUGCCUGACCUGCAGACCACUUCCAGCAUUCUUUGUUUCAGUUACUUGUAUGAUUUGGGUGAGGACAAAGGAAAAAAGACUGAGGAAUAAUCUGCAUUAUUUUAUAAAAGAAAACACUUUAUCAAGUUAUCUCAAAUUAGUUUUAGAGGUUUUGAAGAUGAUGUUUGAGGGAGAAAUCAUGACCAGAAUACAGGGGGACUUCUACAUUGUUCAUAUAAUACCAGGAAGUCUUUACAACCAAUUCAAAAUCCAUACAAAACCAUUACUUAAUCUCUUGUGUAAAAAGGUGGAAACUCAAACUGAAAAUGAUAUUAAAUAAAUCUCACAUUUUGCAGAACUACAUGAAACAUUGAACUGAAUCAAUUUUAUAGAAUCCAAGAAGACAAGGAAAACAAAAUAAGAAAAAACUUUUCAGAUUUUAGUGUUUAUGCACAGUGAGCUUGAUGGGACAAAUGGCCUUUUUGUUGUUCCAUCAUUUUUCUGUGAAAUGUGGACCCAGAAAUUUCAUCCAUUCAUAAAGUUCAGUUUUAAGGGAAAAUUUUGUAUUUUAAAUUUUUUUUUGUGAAAACAUCCACCAUUCAAUGAGAUGACUGAUGAUGUUCCAUAUUAACACUUCCAAUGCCCUGCAUUUAUUAAGUAUAAUAGAUAACUAGCAUAAUGAGCACCAAAGCAAUACAAUUACCAACUGUAAUAGCACCUUUUGUUUGGCUGUUUGUACGUUUAUCCCAGAAUAAACCACUUUGUUUAAUGUUCA